AACACUCCCGCUUUAGUACGUGCUUGGACAAGGCACGAGCUUGUUUGUACAGUAGAACAUUUCAUUGUUCUUACUUCGAGCUUCUGGACAUUUAGGCACUGCGCGAACAUGGAUUGGCAACGCGGGAUCCCUUUACAUUCUGAGUACAGUUUUGGAAUGCCAGCUAGCGUAGUGUUUUGAAAGCAAAAACCAACAAUAUGACUAACAAAGGUGUAGAUGCCACUAGAAUUCUAGAGAAGGGUCCGGAAUACCUUCGGAAACAGAUGGAACUGGAGAGCGAGGAGACGGGACGCAUGAGCGCAGUGGAGAUGCUUGCCGCAAGUAAAAAACAGUAUGUCAAAAGUCAACAGGUGGUCAACUCGAUACAGGAGCCCGUGGUUAGUUUUGGAUCUGCCUCUGUUAGUAGUAACGGAUCGUCUAACCGGAGCUCCAACUGGAACUGUAGGAACAGUGGGAGGAAUUCGCCUGCGGGUACAAGCAGUGUGCAAGGAGGGCCUUCGCCGCCGGAGGACAAACAUGUGGUGCAUCGGACGAGCUCCAAAAGAAGAGACUCACUUUUACUGUACCGACAGAAAUGUGAACUUGUGAAAGGAUCGACGCGUGAGAAAAAUAAACUGAAUUUGGGGCGCAGGUUGUUGCUCAGCUCUCUGGAUAAGGCAAGUUUACUACCUGAGGCAUCAGGUAAGGAAUGUGAGGAAGAGGAAAUGUAUACCAAAUUUACGACACCCGAAGGACUUGCCAAGGAAUGUGAUUCAAAGGCUGGCUAUUCGAAACCCAUACAGCCAGAAACACAAUCUAUAUCUACAGAUGAAGAUUGGACGGACAUAAGAAGCCCGGUGCCAAAAGUGUCCCCAGGUGUGAUGCAGAGACCCACUCACAAAAGAGUAGCGGAAGUUCAGAGGAGGACUCGCAAAGGGGUCGGCCGUUCUCACUCUGACAUCAGCUCAAGAUAUUCCAAAAACUUUGCCGACUUUGAUGCCUUCUUCAAAUACUGCGGACUGAAUGGCGACGUCAUAGAGUCCCUGGGCAAAGAAAACUUUUCCGCAUGUUCGGAUGAACUUGCCAAUAAAAUCCGAAGCGUCAGCAUCUCGACGUCAGAUGACGGGUUCACACGGAAUAGUGGCGAGGACAGUAACGAAGGAUUACUGGAAGAGGAGAUGCAUGAAACUGUUCGACAGGGGACAUCGGUAAUUGAGCGCAAUGCCAGGAUUAUAAAAUGGCUGUACAGCUGUAAAAAUGCCAAAGAGUCUGGGAAGAAAUUACGAGAUCUAAACUGACAUUUCUGUAUUCAACGCCUACAUAUAGGCUUAUUUAGCAGUGUAGGCCUCUCUAUUAGGCCUGCCUAUAGGCUGCCUGUUUUAGGCCUACAACAUAACCUUAGCUAUUCCUUACCCACUAAAAUGUUAAGCUGCGUCUGCCUCUGAAAUGCAUCAUUAUUUCAAUCCAAGCAAUUGACAUAAAUAUAUCUGUUAGACUACUCACUGCCAAGUUGUCUAUCAGAGUCUAACAUAUGGAUACUACAUGACAUUCCUGGCCUUCACACAAUGUUUUCUUGGCUAUUGCACAAUAGGUUAUAUGUGUGUGUGUGUGUGUGUGUUUGUAUUACUAUCCUUGUGGGGAUCAGAAGUCCUCACAAGGAUAGUAAAAUAAGGACAAUUCAGAUAAGUGGGGAAAUGUUGCUGGUUCCCACGAGGAAAAAGGCCAUUUUAGACUUAGGUGUUUGGGUUACAAUUAGGGUUAGGGUUAGGGAAAAUAUGAUUUUGAAUGAGAAUCAAUUGUUUGGUCCCAACAAGGAUAGUAAAACAAACAUGUGUGUGUGAUUUCACUGUUCACUACUUCGCUGAUGAAACACGUUUAUUGGUUGUGUUUGAACGCUUAUGUGUUAGUACAAAUGUUACAAGUACAAAUAGUCAACCAAGAGAAUCUGUGAGGUCUAUCUUUGGACUAUAGGUUUUAUUAUUGCUGUUAUUUUUAUAGACAUGACCUGUAUUUCUGGUGGAAAUAGACCUUUGUACAGUAUGUGUUCUUAUGUCAAUUAAACCGUUAACCUCUUCCGGA